AUCAUACAUAAAAUGGAAGUUAUUGAACUUGUUUCGGAUGAUGAAAUAUCAGAAGAUAACACAAAAGGAAAUAAAAGUUCAAAAAUUUGUAAUACUAAUUGUAUAAACUUUCAAUGUUCUUCUGGAGUGGAUAUGAAAUUAGCACCUUCUUUUGCAUGUGCUUUUUAUGGAGUAAAUACAGAAAAAAAGAAAGAACGUAUGAUAUGUCGAAAGUGUUUUAAUGCUGCUUUAGAACAUCAAAAGCAACUGGUCACAGCUUUUGUGGAUCAUAAGCCAUUAUUAAAAUGUGAAUUUCCAGACCAUACAAUGGAAGUAGAAAUUUCUGACAGUGAUGAUUCAGAUGAUGAAAAAAAGAAAGAUGUAUAUGAUGAAGAAAAAUGUUUACCAGAAGAAAUGCUUAUGGAUAUAGAGGAAAUGUUAGAUUGCACAUUAAAUAGUAUUUUCAAAAAGUAUGAUGUUGAUUAUCAAAUUAAGCAAGCCCACAAUAUACUGAAAGAUCGAUGGAAUAAAUUAGAUGAACAAAAUGAUGUCCUGGAUAAAACAGUCAAAGGUUUAAUGCGUACUAUGGAUACAUUACGUAAUAAUUUAUAUGAUGAAUUCAGGCCACAAAUUCAAAUGCGGCAAGAGCUUCAAAUAGAUGAUGGAUAUGUAGACAAUAUUCUUUAUCCAUUAGUGGCAACAAAAAAAGUUACUCAAAUAAGAGUUCCUCCAUCUUCAAUGUUACAAGACAGUCAACCAGAAAUUUUACCAAUUGAACAAGAUAAUAGACAAGUUGUGGUUUUGGAUUUACCUCCAAUUGGUCCAAUUGUGAGAGCACAAAUAGAUGUGGAAAGCAUUGUGUACAUUAUGAAACAUCCACUUAUGCCAUGGAUUAAAGGAAAGGUGCAAACUAUACUUUUAAGAACUCCUUUGCAUUGUCGUGUAAAAUUAUUACAAAAAAAGUAUAAUUCUGUUAUUAAAUCAGUUUCUGGUAAGCAAAUUGCAGCUGCUGUAACUAGUCAAGUAAUAAUUCCAGUUGGUACACGAGUAGUUGCAGUGUUUAAAGAUGUUUCAUCUAGUAAUUUCUACAGUGGAGUUAUAGCUGAACCACCAAAAGCUACAAAUAAAUAUAGAUACUUGAUAUUCUUUGAUGAUGGAUAUGCUCAAUAUGUUGAGCAUAAACAUAUUUAUUUAGUCGCUGAAUCUUCCUCUAAGGUUUGGGAAGAUAUACCUAAUGAAUCUCGUGAUUUUGUGAAGAAAUAUAUUGAAACAUACCCUGAAAGGCCAAUGGUAAAAUUACAAACAGGACAAGUAGUAAAAACAGAAUGGAAUGGUAAAUGGUGGAUUGCAAGAGUAGUUCAACUUGAUGCAAGUUUAGUACAAAUGCACUUCGAUGCUGAUGGAAGAACAGAAUGGAUCUACAGAGGUUCUGCUAGAUUAGGUCCUCUAUAUCUCGAACUUUUAAAAGCCAAUGCUAGGCAACAAGGACAUCAUGCAUCUGUUAAUACUCCGAGUCGACAUCGAUUACCUGCUGUUUCUAAUAAGAGUAAUUUACCUUAUGUAGAAUAUACGUCUAAUAUAGAAUCUGAAGAAGAAAGGCUUUCUCAGCUAGAAAAAGAACAAAAUACAGUAAAUGAAACUACAAAUACGUUUACGUCAAAUGUACCGCAGCAAUCACGUGCUGUUGCUAGAAAAAGUACUAGUAAAAAGCAAAGUAUUGUGGAUACAAGUCCCUAUAAUCUUACUACAGAAACAAAACCUUCUCAUAGCAUUGUUUAUUAUCAAACACAGAACAAAAUUCAAACAAAAAAAUUUGUUCCACAUAACUGUGGUCCUCAGUGUGUUCAAGGAAUAUCCUUUACACCUGAUGAUUUAAGGGGUUAUUCACCUCUUUCAAUACCAUUACUUUGUGGUUGGAAUAGACAACUUUGUAAAUAUCCAAAAGGCAAAAAAAUUACAUUAUACCAAGCUCCAUGUGGUAUCAGGUUACGAAAUAUGGAAGAGUUACAUCAGUAUCUUCGCAAAACUGGUAGUCCAAUGUCAGUUGAUUUAUUUGAUUUUGAUUACUGGGUGCAUUGUCUAGCAGAAUUUGUCUUGGAUAAGUGUUUUAUCAAUAUAAAGGACCUUAGUUAUGGUGUAGAAAAUGUACCGAUACCAUGCGUCAAUGAAUUAGAUCACACUCAACCAGAUACCAUUAGGUAUAGCACUCAAAGGGAACCAACAGAAGGAGUUAAUCUUAAUUUAGAUCCCAAUUUUCUGUGUAGUUGCGAUUGUGAAGAUGAUUGUCAAGACAAAACAAAAUGUCAGUGUUGGCAAUUAACAAUACAAGGUGCUACUCUUGGAGGAAGAGUACCAAAUACAUCUGUGGGUUAUGUAUAUAAACGUUUGCCAGAGCCAGUUACAACUGGAAUUUAUGAAUGCAAUUCUGGGUGUAAAUGUGCUAUAAAAACUUGUUUGAACAGAGUGGUUCAACAUCCAUUAACAUUGAAAUUACAAGUGUUUAAAACAGCUCCUCGAGGCUGGGGUAUACGAUGUCUAAAUGAUAUUCCUCUUGGAUCUUUUAUUUGUAUAUAUGCUGGUAGACUACUUACAGAACAGGGUGCUAAUGAAGGUGGUAAAAACUAUGGAGAUGAAUAUUUAGCUGAGUUAGAUUAUGUUGAAGUAGUAGAAAGUAUUAAGGAAGGUUAUGAAAGUGAUGUUCUUGAACCAGAAAUGCCAUUAUCUACACCAGAAAAUAAAAAAAAAUCAGUGACGAGUGACGAUGAAGAUAAUACGAAAACAAAUGCAAAUGAUUCGGACGAAGAUUUUAAUAUUAGUAAAUAUGUAAACUUCAACGUAGAUUCUACAGAGCCAUCUUCCAUUAGAAAAAGGUUAAGAAAACGAAAACGAGAUGAUGCUAAUCAAGAUGGAUCUGAAGAAAAUAGCGAAGAUGGAAGCGCUACUAAAAUUUCCGAAAACAUUACAAAGUCUUCUACUAAUGAAAAUCGUUCGAAUGAUCAAGAUGCAAUCACUAUAAGUGAUGAAGAAGAAAAUAGAAGUGGUAGACGCGAACCAAGUAGAUUUGAUCCAACAGUGGAACCAACGCAGAUAGAAAGACCUAAAUUUAAAUCAGUAAGAGAUUUCUUUGGAGUAGAUGAAGCUGUUUAUAUAAUGGAUGCUAAAACAACUGGAAAUAUUGGACGUUACCUAAACCAUUCAUGUGAUCCAAAUGUUUUUGUACAAAAUGUAUUUGUUGAUACACAUGAUGUAAGAUUUCCAUGGGUGGCAUUCUUUGCUUUAAAUUAUAUAAGAGCUGGUCAAGAAUUAACAUGGAAUUACAGUUAUGAUGUUGGAAGUAUACCAGGUAAAGUUAUCAUAUGUAAGUGUGGUGCAUCUAAUUGCAGAGGUCGACUUUUAUAAUGUAUGAAAUAUUUUAUAUAGAACUAAUAAAAUUUAAUUAAUA